GAUCAGCUGAUACCAAAAUAAUGGAAUGCUCCAUUUAUUUUCAAGGGAAAGCAGCUUUGUCGGAAGGCUAUUGAUUACAGUUUGAUUAUUUACAUUGACUUCUUUUUAUUUAUUCACAAAAUUAGUAAUAAAUUUUAUCUUAUUGUGGUAUAACUUUGUUAAGUUAUAGUGUUGAUAAAUAGUUCUGAUGGAGAGACAUUCAUCUUAUGAUGUGCAAGGACCACCACCUCCUCCACUACCCCAGCAGCCUGAGCAGCUUAGCAAUAUGAAUCUGACAGUGGUCCUGCCUCCAGAGCCUGCAUCCCACACUCUACGCAUUGAUCCUCCCACAUUUCAGAUGUCCAUGUGCUCUCCUCAUCAGUUAUCAAUGGUUGAAGGAGAUGAUAUCCCCCCACCUAAGGCAGAUUUUUCCGCACCACCCCCAUAUGACUUAGCAACCAAACUUCCAACCUAUGAAGAAGUUCAGCGAGAGAAAACUCUACAAGGUGAACUGCCCCUGCCCAGGGCGGGUCCACCUCACAGGCCUCAGACGUUGGCAUUCCUAGCCAUAGACACUGACGCAGUCGAGUCAGAUGGUGAGAACAGUCUGCUUGGCACUGAUUUCAUGUUUUCUCUUGCGUUUUUUGUGGCUUUCCUGUUCAACUGGAUAGGAUUCUUGCUCCUCAUGUGCUUCUGCCACACAGUGGCCGCUCGCUACGGUGCAUUGUCUGGGUUCGGUCUCUCUCUGGCCAAGUGGACCCUGAUCGUCAAACAGUCCACCGACCUGGCCUCUCACGAGAACAGCUGGCUGUGGUGGCUCAUCAUGGCUUUUGGACUACUUAUCUGUGUACGAGCCAUCAUCCAGUACCUGAACAUCAAGCGAGGCUGGCGUCUGCUCUCCGGCUCCGCUCAGGAACGACUUCUCUUCUUCUACUAAUCUCUCCAUCUCAUCUAGAUCUGUACAUACAGUAUGCAUACUCUAAGUGAUUAGUCAUGAGUUUGGAUGCAGUAAUGGGUUUUAUAUAAUUUUCGUGAGAAUUUUACCACUUGAGAGUGAGAGGGGAGGGGGAGCUGGUGUCGCAUGUAAAAGAAGCUGUGGGAAAAUUUCAUUAGUGACACUAUAAAAUAUACAUUUUUUAUAGUAACAGCCUCUAUGUUAUAUUUAAAAUCUGGAAUUACUGGUCAACUUAUUCUUCAGAUAAAAACUGUAUUGUACUGAAACACAACACGCAUCUUCUCUGAUGACAUUUAUAGUUCAUUCUGAGUUAACUUUGGAUUUAAUGGCACAAUGUGUUAGGUUACCAUUGAAUGACAUUAGCUUUCUAGAGGUUAGCUACAUAACCACAAUUCUAAGUACCUUUGUAUUCCACUUUGUAAUAUAUUUAUUAUGAAAUUCUCAUUACCACUUUGACUACUUACAACAAAAUUUGAUAUAUUCAAGAUUACAUAAUUUUUUAAAGAAUGUAAACUACUUAAUAUUUUUCACCAAAAAUAUCAGUAUUGCUGAUAAUUUUUGAUAGUUCCAAUGGAAGGCGUAACUUUUUAACAUGAUUUUAUUUCUCACUAUUACAUUUGUUUAUUGUUUACUUUUUUAAAAUUUUACUGCAAUGUUUAUUUAAAUGUUGGUGCCUCACAGUUCACUUGUACAGAGUUGUUCUCAGUUCAAAAUAUUAAAGAAAUCGCUUUGAAUUUUGACUGAGAAUAAGUUGAGACUUAUUUAAUCUUAUUGUGUUUAUUAGUGAUAAUUUUAACUUAUGAAUUGUAAUAAUUUUUAUUCUUACAUGAAUGGAUAAAUGAUGUAGACAAGUACGUAAUGACCCCAAUUCAUGCCUUGAUGAUAUUGAAUAAAGCAUUUUGGUGAUUCUAAUUGUAUACAUUUCAGGUUUGAUUAUUGCUGCACCAUUAUACCACUUAAUCAUAUUUUGUAAUAGCAUGUUUUGUAAAAUUCAUGCUAUUGUAGACAGAGGGGAUUACAGUUGAUUAUACUAAAAUUUCAAGUUGUUUUAGAAAAUGCCAGCUAAUAUUUUGAUAUACAUGAUAAAAAUAUGUAACAUCCAAGUUUAAUAAUGCAUUGUAAUUAUUAAAAAUGAAUUCUCAGUUUUUGAAUCUUGAUGAUCUGUUUGGUUUUAUUUUGCACAAAUGUCCGUUGUGCCACUAACUUUCCAGUACCAGAAUCAUUGUUUUAUCCUCUUGUCUGUUAGAUGUUAAGUAAGAUAUAUUUAUUUUAUGAGCCUGUAACUUAGGUUAAGAACUGUUGUGUAAUAGUAAGUAAUAAAUAUUUCUGUUGUAAGAUGUUAGUGUUAUUGAUAUAUUUAAUCGGCUUCAGUUCUUGAUUAAGCACUGUUUACUUUGUUGAUAAUUGAGACUAUUUUUCUUAUUUGUAUAGUGUAUAAUAUCCUUACUUAUUGUAGGUGCAUAUUGUUUUAGUUGAAUAAGUGAUAUUUAAGUUUUCGUAUGUUGUGACAAAAUGAUUGUAUAAAGACAUUCAUUGUUGAAUGCAAUAAACCUUUAUAUUGGA